UUUUUUUUCUCUUUCUUUCUGUAGAUUUCGUCUAUAGCAUCGUCAUAAUAAAGAAAACAUAGCAAAGACAUAGUCAUAUAUUUCAUAUUGCUGGCUUUUUUUUUUAUUCUGAUCAUGUCCAAUGGUAAGACGAUGGAGUACAAAAAAAGCCUGUUAUUUAUCUAGUGUAGCCCAAGAAACCAAAACAUUCACUGCUACCAGUAUGGCUUCAGCAACAACAUCAUCAACAGUAGCAAAAACUACAGAUUCAAUAGUCCUCGGAUCGACAUCAAUAAUUUCAGUCUCAAGUACACCUUCGGGUAUCGACUUGAAUGAUUUUUUGUCUUCUUUAAUGCCUACAUCUAUACCCACCACUACUACUACAUCAUCUUCAACUGCUUUCGCAAGCACUGAAAGCGCAAGUUCUUUUUCAAGUAAUGUCAGUAAAUUACCUAUUGCAUCUUCAACACCUAUAUCAAAUAGCGACAACAGUCUAAGUUCGGUUGAUCUGGGCGCAAUCAUUGGCGGGUGCGCUGGCGGCAUCUGUGUAUUGGUCCUCAUCACUUUUUUUCUUUGUAUACGAAAAAAAAAUAAGAAAGAAAACGAAUUCAUCAUCAACAACUUUGCUAGAACCUCAAAAACUUUUUAUAAAGACAAUAAUAACGAAAUAGUUCCUGUCACUACCACACAACCCUUUCAGACAUUUCAACCGAACAUUACAAAACCACCUAAAGCAUUUGAUACGCCACAACAAAAUGGAAAGGGUUUUUACAUCAAUAACAAUGACACAACAAUUAAAUAUUAUAAUAUUUUGGUAGGCACCGAUUCUCCAACAAAGCAAAACUCUCCUGUGACUCCGCCUGUCAAUCCUUAUAACAACAAUGUCGAUCAAAGACGAGUGCAACGCAGCCCAAGCACAGUUUCAAAAGGCGCUCGAUUGUCUAAAUACAACUAUCUCACUCAAGCAUUCUCUCAAAUGAAGCCUGAAACGAACAAUGAACAGGCUUCUGUAUCACAUCAAUCAGUUGUGAUGACUGAGCAAAAUAAUAGACCCCACGUGCAUUCACCAGCCAACGUUCGUUUAGAUAUACCAUCAUUUGCAGACAACAAUAGUGUUAUUUCAGAAGUGAGCCAAUAUAGUGCACUAAUUCAGAAACAAUUAAAGAACAACAAUAGUAACAAUAAAUCUUAUCCUUACAUUUAAAGUUUGUACGAAUAUUCUUUUUUAGCGACUUUUUUUUAGUGGGUCCUGUUACACUUCUUUGAGAAC